AAGAAGUUUGUUGAAUUUCUCGGUUGCUUUAAUAAUUUAACGAAGCAUCAGAGUUGCACAUAUUGACUUUUUUUAAAAUAAACCAAUCCACUUUAAGCAUUUGAGAUUUAAAUUACCUGUUCACUAAUCAAAUUUCCCGUUAAAAUGUUUUAUAGCAGAAAACGAAACAAUACAUUAGACUGCCACAGUUUUUGAGAAAUUUGUACGAAUUGUACUAAAGUCAUGUGUUACCUGUAAUAUGUAGCAGAAACCUAAACAAAAUAUUAAUCAAAAACAGAAGUUUCGAAGUUGAUAAAAGUUUGAUCUUAUUAUGAGUAUUUUUUGUCUAUUGAAUUAGUUUAAUUUAUACACAGUGCCUUUUCAAGCCGGAAAACAAUAAAAUAUUAUUUAACAUUUUGAAAAUAUGUAUACAAACUAUUAUUAUAUGUUAAAAAAAUUUGUCCAACUUUUAUAGUUAUGCUUUGUUUGAAGUAGACUAAUUGCCAUUUAUAGAAAACUCUAGAAAAUUUUGUUGAUUUGUUUCACCAUGUUUAUAUGCAAUAGUUAACCCGGAAAUGUGGUUGUUUAUUGUUUGCAUUCUCAUUUUGAUCAUCUUCUUCCUUCAUUUACCUACCAAGGCAUUGUCAUGGUUUCUACACAAGAAAUAUGGUAUGAGACUGAAAGUUGGUGGUUAUGGUUUCCUCCGUUUUCGAAACUUACACAUACAGCUCAGAAAUGGAUUAAAACUGGAAAUUGAAUGUGUUGGUCUAAGUAGCCGUUUAUUUAAUUCUUCCCUCAAGAGCUUACUAGUCAUAUGUGUUAGUGACAUAAGGUUGCAAGGAGAUGCUAACUGGAUCUUAUCUAGAAAAAAAUCUGCAACUGUGAAGUCACACCAAGAAAAAUCAAUUUUGACAUCUCUUUUAUAUAAACCUUUGCUCAAGUUUCUAUCGCUUAAUAUAUCCAAUGCUAGUGUGAUGCAGCUGGGAAAGUCAGAUGAAGAAUUUUUAUUACAUUUGUCUUUUCAAGAAUUUAGUUUGCAUUUUUGUAGUGGUGAAAGUGACAAAGAAGCACAAGGUGUCCUAGUUUGUACUUCAAUGCUUUCAUCUUCAGUGAAAAUUUUUAAGCAUCAUUCAAUUGAAGAAAAUGAACAACGUUCAACAGAGGCAUGCAUAUGCCAUUUUUCGUCCAAUGUUAAUUUUACUUUUUUAAUAACUGUUGGUGAUGAAAUAAAAAUACAGGCUGUUUCUUUAAAUAUUUCUGAUCCUGAAUUGAUGUUAUAUGAAGGUUUUUCGCUUGUGAAGUUUAGGAACUAUGCUGUGAAUGGUAUGCACUCUAAAAAACAGCCACAAGAUUCACCUCCUCCACUUAAUGAUCUUAACAUCCAACAAAAGUUUAAAAAAGUUCCUAAGAUCUUAGACAUAUCCGUUGACUCUUUUUCUGUGAAAGUUAUGAUGAAAGGUGGACAUCGAACAUUUACUUUUGGCAUCAAGUUUGUUGCACUCCACUUAGAAAUGGGAAAAUUUAAGGAGUCUGAAUUCCUUCCAUCACUAACCUCAAAGAUUGAAGUGAAAGAAAUAUCUGCUGCCAGCGAUCAUGUUCAGUUCGGACAAUUAGUAAACUGCAGCUUAGAUUUCACUGUGGCAGAAAAGAUGUUAGAUAUGAAAUUUAAUCUGUCUCUGUUACAUGUCCUGUAUGAGAAAGAAGUGUUACAAUAUUUUCUGAAAGCUCUGCUUCUUAACAAUAAUAAAGAGAAAUCCAAAUCUGAGUCCUCCCUUAAAAGGGGCAAAUCUGUGUAUGAAAUCUUGUCAGGCUACAGAAUGAAGACAACUAUUGGCAUAGAUGAUGUGAGCAUCUCUUUUAAGGUUCCUGAUUGUGAAUCAUUCAACAUUGGCUUAAUUAAAGCUCAAAGCACUCUGGAACACUUCAUUGCCAUCAAAAAUAUUGAAAAUGGUGCUGUUCAAAACACAUCUCAGAUUACAGGAUCAAGCGUCGAACUUCUGCUCGAAACAUUGUACUUAAAAAUUGGAGAUUCCAGCUUUGUGGAAUUUGGAAUGUUGAAACGCCAUCAUUAUAGCAAUAUUCCACUUGCUAUUGGUGUUGCUCUACUAAAGGCCAGGAAGAAUAACUUAGACUGUUGCAUCGAGUGUAUGUUCGAUGGUUGCCAACUGCAGUGGUACCCCAAUUCAGCAAAUCUUUUGAUCUACGCAACCAAGCUAAUGAACAGCUGCUUCAGCUCUCCCUCCUCCCCAAUUCAUGAGAAGAGAGAUGAACCUCCUUCAAACUCCUAUUCAGUGGAACUGAAUUUCAGAGGACUGAAUGUGUUUGCUCUGAAUGAAUAUAAAACGGGUGUCUUGGUGAGAGCUGAUUUGCUGAAUCUGACUACCUCAGCUGAAAAGAUAAAGCUGUUGUUGGAAGGAACUAAACUUUCUUAUAUGAACUCAGUUUUGAAAGUAUAUCAAUGCGUUCGUUCUUCAGAAAUUAAAACCUAUGAUGCUUUUAUAGAAGAUGCCUGUAUUAUUUACACAACAAAAAAGAAAGAAGCAACUAUUAGAAUUUCAGAAAAUAUAUUUCUACUUUGGAACACGACUUUGCACAUGACAUUGUUUACACUUGCACAGGAAAUAAAUGCUUUCAAACAAGCCCUACCAAGUUCUAAUAAAGCAUGCAUCGAUGUGAAUGAAACUGAGAAUGUUAAAAAAGAAGAACAGCAACAGACUAGAUUAAGCAUUUGCUUGCAAGCCAAGGGUCAUAUUGAUGUAGGAUUCAUUCUUUCAAAAGCUCACAGGGUUGUUUUUUCUGCACCCGACAUAACUUUAACUCACAAUCAGCAUUUAUUCUCAGCCAACUCUGAACAGUUGAUGGUGUUGUUUGACAAUUAUGAGAUAUUUACUUUUGAGAAAAUCAUUGUUUCACUUAUGCAAGGAAAUGAACAACACCAGGUGUGUCGUCAGAGCUUUGAAGACCUUGAACUGCCUAGCAAUAGGCUAUUAAGUAUUCAUUUUGAAGCAGUAAGAUUUGUUUUCCCUCACAAAUAUAACUUUGCUGAAGCAUUUAGUGAACAGUUCAUCAACAUUUUCAAAUGGUGGAAAAUGUUACACAAAAAGAAAAAAGUUCCCUUUACUUUGGAAAGUAAACUACCUCCUGAUCUUCAUAUUGUUUGCAAAGUUUGGUCUAUAGAACUUGAAGAUGAUCCUUUUGAAGUUAAAUUACGAGAUAACUUUGAGCUUUUAGAAGAUGAAUAUCAUGAAAGUCUGAAAAGAAAGAAAAUGUUAGAUGAGAAAAUUGAAACCUUUAGAAGGACAAAUCUACUUUUACCUGAUGAAAAAAUUAAUCUGUUAUACUCGAAACUGGCAAAAAAAAGUGCAGAGAUAUAUAUUCAACGUUCUCAACAACUGUAUCAAAAAGGUUCAAUGCGAACUUCACUGUGUACAUGGUUUUUUGAAGACAUUGACAUCCUUGCAAUUGCAGAUACAUCAUAUCAUGGCACCGAGCGUGUUAUUCAUUGGAUGAAACAGCUUGAUCCAGAAAGCCCUUAUCCAGAUGAAGGUAUUGAGUUCUCCACUCUGUGGGCGAGGAAGGUGAGGUGUUCGGCGUCAUCGUGGACGUGGCAGAUGAGGGAUUUCCCUCAGGUUCCUCUCAACAUCAAGGAGUUGCACUUCUGGGGAUUUCUAAUUGGUGCUGAGCAAGAGGCCUCUCAGAGAGCAAAGAGAACGUCUAUAGUUGAGAUUGAUAUGCCUUGGAGUAAUGCAGAAAUAGAGAGAAGCAUGCCUUCAUUGAAAUACUAUCAUGACCUUACAUUUGACAUGGAAGAUAUGUCAAUGGCUUAUGGACCUAGUUGGGAACCUAUUGUUGCACAGAUCAACAUAGCAAUGGAGCUGGUCAGUCGACCCUCACUGGAUCCCAGUCCAACUCUGCCCUGGUGGGACAAAAUGCGACUGCUUUAUCAUGGCAGACUGACCUGGAUAGCUCAACACCUGAAUAUGUUCCUUAGAGCCUCACUUGAUCCAUAUAAUACAACAGAGCAUAUGGAGAUAUCGUGGACUGAAGUUUUCAUCGAAUGGACUAACGGAAGAAUUUUAACUAAAGGAGAUUUAGACAUGUAUGUUCAUACUGCAUCCAAGUAUGAUGACAUAAGAGUUCUGCACAUCCCCCAUCUAAAACUCAGCGUGAGUUUGGAUUGGUUGUGCCUUGGAAACCCAUUUGACCAUCACAAUGUCAUGCCAUGUGCUCCAAACAAAGUUCCUGAAUAUUCAAUCAACCAGGUUCAUGAUUCUUAUCGAGCAUUUCGUUCACAAAAUCUUGACAUAUCCUAUGCUUUUGAAACUCGACAUCAUCAUUCUGCAACAGAGGAGGAUGUUCCCACAAUGCUUCUCUACAGCAGCACCCUCAGGUGGAUUGAAAACUUAAAAAUGAUUCUAUCUGGGGUGACACGUUUGACAAGGAGAGGAGUACUUUUUUCCAACACAAAGCCCAGAAAACCUCAGCUGAGUCGUCACUAUCACAGGUUGUGCGUCUCUCUCAAUCUCCACAAGUUCAAAAUCAUUUACUGGAUGUCAUUUGCGAAACAGAGGGGUCUCGAAGUGAGGGGUGGACGUCUCUCUUUAAGUUCUGAAAACACUCAAUCCAUUACUAAUCUUAAUGACGGCCUCAAACGUAGACCUCGCCCUGUGUGGAACAUAGGUUACUUGAAUUCAGAAUUGUCUGACAGUGAAAUAUGGUUGUACAACUGUAUGGAUGAGGAGAGUGAAAAUCCCACUCAAUCUUUUGACACUGAUGUUGAACAAAGUUAUUUUCUCAGUGUUAACAGAGUAUCCUAUGGAAGAGAAGAGAUAGUCAAAGACGUUGUAUCAGAAGAAGACAAAGCUGAAACUCCCACUCACCGCCUAGUGGUGUACGGUCUAAAAGGUGCAUGGACCAGGCACAAUAGACUUGUUGUUUUCAGUCUGUUGGACAGCUACCAGAAAACUGUGAUACUAAAGAAGAAUCUGUCCACUGAAGCUCUUCGCUGUUUUAAAGUAGAAUCUCAAAAUACUCCUCAGAAAGUCCGUUCCCAGACAAACACUUCCCAGACAAGUGUGUCAGCAGGUCCUAGUCCCAUCAGCAACCUUCAGUCUAGUCACGCUGCAUCCAUGCUUCAGAAGUUAGUCGCAGAAUCAGAAGCUAACUCCAUGGUAUUCAUUGAAGAGAUGGAGGGCACAACUCGUGAACAAAAACUGUAUGGAGUGUCUGCAUGUGAAACUGAUGAUGUGCUUCAGAAAAAAUGGCUCAUUGAAUUGGUGAACAGUCAGGUGAUGUUGAGAGGUUGUGAGACAUCUGGUUAUGUGAUUGUGAGUGCUGCAAAAGCAAAACUUUUGCAGAGAUUGCACAUGCCUGUAUGGAAGAACAGAUCUCUCGUCUCUAAGACAACGUGGGUGGGAUCCUUUGAAUGUAUGCAGUACUAUGCAACUGUGGAUGCCGGUGUUCCGAGUUCAUCCGUAGAUGACGUCAUGUGGCUGUCACUAGAUAAUAUUGAGGAGCGUGAGUCCAUGAUCAUCAGUGACCUCCCUGACCUCGUUGGCAGUGGUCACAGUGUUGGAGGUGUGGUGAGCAGCACUGUGGGGGCCACAUCAGAUCCUGACUCUGCCCCCAUACAGCUCCAAAGAAUUGUUUCAAGAUGUGGAUGCCAAUUCUACUAUGCCAGUUUUGGAGAAAAUGUGGAUCCUAGCAAUCUGGAAGAAGUUCCUCCACUACCAGAAGACAAUGACUUGUGGGAACAGGAGGUGGGAGUGGAUUGUUUCACCCUCACGCACCAUGACUUAGAUAUCUGCACCAACUCCCUCCAGUACGCCAUGAUCCUGGAUCUGGUCAACAACCUCCUGCUCUAUGUGGAGCCCAGGAAGAAGGAGGCCACCAAUCGAUUGCAGUACAUGAGAUUCCAGCUCCAGCUAUGCUCGGUGGAGGAUCAAAGAGAACCCAUUUUGGUACUUCAAGAGAAUAUAAGAUCUUUGCUGUCUAAUUCGAGAAGAUUAGAAAAGGAAGCAUACGUCAAGCAUAAACAAUAUUUGGAGAACCCUGACAGAGGAGAUUAUUUAGAUCAACUGCACAUGUUGGACAAUCAGAUCUAUGAGCAUAAAGAACAACUGAACUCCAUGAAUGAAGAAUUGACAAUGAUGAUCAGCUGUUUCAAGGAGACACAGAUCAUUGCUAGCCGAUCCCGCCAAAGGGCAUCCUCCCAUGACAAAGGGGUCUCUCCCUCUCGCAGAUCAGAAGUGUGCUUCAAGCAUGCUCAAUGGAGGUUGACGGAUGCUGAUGGUCAACUGGGAAUAUCAGACUUGAUACUCAGCAAUUUUUUGUAUUCCAAAGUUGCAAAGACAGAUGAUUCGGUUGAGCAUCUUUUAGAACUUGGCUAUGUAAAGAUGUCUAAUCUCCUACCCAAUCAAACAUACAAGGUUGUAUUGCAACCAACAGAAAUGCAGUCAAAGAUUCCUCUAGACCGCCAGUGCCUGUUAAGAAUAUAUUGCCGUGAGAAGGCUCCAGUGGGAGGAAUUUCAAUUAAAGAACAUCUGGAAGUGAACCUUGUACCUAUAACCAUUGGACUCACUGAAGCACUCUACAAGGCUAUGUUGAAGUUCUUUUUCCCAGGAAGAGACACGGAGAAAGGAGAUGAUCACUCAGAAGAUGAGGAACCUGUCUCUUCAUCUAAUAAGAAACCAUUCAAACAGAAACGAUCUGCAACCUUUUAUGGGGAGAGAGAUGAUAUUGAAAAAAUGAAGGAAAGGGCUGAUAAAAACCACACAUUUUUCUCCAUAAAAAUACCCGAAGUCCCUCUGCGUGUGAGUUACAAAGGAAAAAAGGAUAAAAACAUCGAAGAUGUGCAUGAGCUUAGUUUGUUGUUAUCAACCAUUGAAUAUCACAAUAAAACAUGGACUUGGCUGGAUUUGUUGAUGGCUUUGAAAAACGAUGCCAAAAAGAUUCUUUUAUCUCAAGCCAUCAAACAAAAACUUCUGAAGUCUAGGAACAUUCCAGAAACUGACAACCAACCACAAGAAGAUGAAAAAGCUAUGAUACUGUUGGGACCUCAACAUCUUGCUGGUGGUGGUGAUAAGACUUUAAAGAAAAGUUUUCUGAGCCGAAUGCGAAAAGAUCAUCAUUGAAAGACUUUAUAAUGCUUAAGUGUUAUUCAUUAGCAUGCAAGAGUAUCAGAGCUCUUGUCUAAUAAGUGCUUCAAAUUGAAAACAAUUCAGGUAGUUAAAUUAUUUAUGUUACUGUGAUAUCUCUCCAAUUUUCAAAAAUAUUUUAGUUCAAGUCUCAGAAAAUUAAAUUUUAUUACAUUUUGAUCACAUCAAAUAUUAAGCCCCUUAUUAAAUGAGUUGUAAAUAAUUACUAUGGAAAUUAUUGUGUGCCAAUUUUUAUAUUUAAUGAGUUGUAUUUUUAAAGAAAAAAACAUUUUAAACUUUUUAUAGCUUUAUGAAAAUGACUAUGUUUGCAAAAUGUUUAAUUUAAUAUGACAUUUUUCCUUAUCUGCGGGAUCCAUUUUAUUCUGCAAUUAAUCUCAGAAUGUUUAUAGUUUAUAUUUAUCUGCCGAUAAAUUAUAGAAUCAGUUUUUUUCUAAGCUGUCUGGUCCAGGGACCCAGAGCUGAAAAAUUUUAUUUAAGGCUCUGGCUAUUUUAAAUAUAUAUUUAAUUGCGCUUUUGAUUUUCAGAUUUUAAUUUUAAAUGAAAAGAAAAAUUCAUUUCAUUUUUUUUAUUAU